CUUAAUUAAUCAAUUAUAUUUUUAUUUAAAUUUAAAUAUAAUAUAUUUUUGUUAUAUUAUUAUAAUUAUAUAUUGAUUUAUGAGAUAUAAUAUAAAUUGGUUUAUUGAAUGGAAUGUUUCAAAGUUGAUUUAUGAAAAUGAAAUGCAUAUAAAAAAAAAGAUAUAGAGAAUUUAUUUUUAUGAUAUAAUGUUGGUUAUUCUGUACCUAACCUAAUGUUAUACAUAGUACGAUAUUUUGCAAUCAAGAAAUUAGGUUAGGACUGAAAAAUUAUUAUUGCGUUUCAGAAUUUAUUCGUAAUUAUUAACACAUAACACAAUUUAUUACACAUAAUAGAUAAUACUAUAUCAAUCAAAUAUUAAAAUGUUGCGAAUUGGUUUGAGAAUUAUACGCACUGCUAUAGGAAGCAGAGCUUUUGCAAAUGCACCGGCUCAAGAACAAGCAAUCUCAACAACUUUCAAAGUUCAAGAUCCAAAAGACUUUAAUAAUCGUGUUAAAAAUUCUAAAGUGCCAGUGAUCGUUGAUUUUUUUGCAACAUGGUGCAAUCCUUGUCGCAUGCUUACUCCUCGUAUAGAAUCUGUAAUUGCGGAAAAACAAGGAAAAGUUUUAUUGGCAAAAGUUGAUAUUGAUGAGAAUAGUGAUCUUGCAUUGGAUUAUGAGGUUGGAUCCGUUCCAGUCCUAAUUGCAAUGAAAGAUGGAAAGGUUUUAGAUAGAAUUGUUGGUCUUCAGGAUGUAGAUAAACUUAAACAAUUUGUAGAUAAGUAUUCAGAAUAAUGUAAUCUAUUUUAAUUGUAAUUUUCUUAUGAAAUGACUUGUAGUUAUUGGGAUAUUUGUAUAAUAUUAUAUGGUAAAAAAUGUACAAUGCAAUAUAUAAGUUUUUAAUUAUAACAUAUAUCUCUUAUUUUUAUAGAUUUCAUAUACAUAGGAAAUUGUUAAAUAAAUUAUUUUUCAUGUAAUAGUCAAAUAAAUUUAAUUAUUUAAAUAUUUACAAAAA